CGCCUAUAGAAAGAUACAUGUCAACUAACGAGGCUAUGCAAUUGGCAUAUAAGAAUGUCUAGCAAACCGGCAUUAAUUCAUAAGGUAUAGUAAACUACGACAUAGGCAAGUGGAAGUGUAGAUUAUCUUAUGAGUAUUGAUUCACUUUAUUAUUAUUUCUUAGGUAGGUAUGGAUUAGAAUCGCCAAGUUGUAAUUGUAAUUUAUACAACUAAAUAUAAACAUUUGCGAAAGUCAUCCUUGGGCUCGGGGCGAUGACAUACGUUCCACUACACGGCUGAGCUGAUAUGAUUCGGGCGUCCUACAGCUCCUUGGUUGGGUUCCAUUCACUUACCUGAUAACACAAUAAAAAGCUCCGCUUACUUCAUAAUCCCAACCCUCCUUUACCUCGCCAUGGGAUCUGAUAGGCUUAGAACAGGGCGCACACAGCCUGCCUGCCUGGCGACAAGCUCGAGGUAGUCUACCCAUUCAUUAUAAGCCCAUAUUCCUACCAGCAAGCUAUAUUUCCCAAUGUCCUCAACAUCACCCGUCAAACAUUUACUUCGGAGCUUCCAACGAACAAGCUUCACAAUGUCUACCUCAUAUGGUCUGUUCCAAGUACACGACUCGGGGGAGGCCAAGGUUGAUAUCGUGCUCUUACACGGGCUACGAGGUGAUAUAGAGAAGACUUGGACUAAGGACGGAGUUAUAUGGCCGAAGGACUUACUCCCCUUAGAUGUCCCCGAAAGCCGUAUCUUCCUCUUCGGCUACGAUACUAGCAUUGCUCAGAAAGACCCCACGCGCGUCGCGAACACAGAAAUCCACAGCGAUGCUAACGAUCUCUGCUCUAAGCUUGCGGCUGAGCGUUCGAGCACCGGCACGGACAACCGCCCUAUCAUCUUCAUUGCCCACAGUCUCGGCGGCCUAGUCGCGGCGCAGGUCCUCGUCCACGGAGACCAGCGCGCCGAGGCAUCGAGCGCCGAGGCCAUCGCCAAGAACAUCCGGGGCAUGAUAUUCCUCGGGACGCCGUUCAGGGGGUCUCCAUCGGCGCGGAAAGCCGAGGCCGCCCGGAGGAUCCUGCAGGUUUUCGGGGUCAACACGCAAGAGCACACCUUGAAGCUCCUGGGGGUCGAUUCGGAACGCUUGGACGAGCUCACUAGGGCUUUCCCCGAGGUCCUUAAUAAACGCCGGGCUUCUAAGAACCCCUUGGAUAGGAUCGAGGCGUUCUUUUUCUACGAGAUUUUGAAGACCAAGAUUGGAUUUGGCUCGACGCAGAUCGUCGAGCCCGAGUCCGCCCAGCUUCCAGGCUGUGGCGACGCAACCCCUAUCCGCGCCGACCACAUCGGCAUCUGCAAAUUCAAAACCCAGAAAGACGAGGGCUACGGCGUGGUCGUAGCCGCUAUUCGAAAGAUUAUGAUGCCUACCGGCGGCGAAACUCAACAGGGAACCAAGAUUAUCAACAUCCUGGGCCGGGCGGUAAACGUCGCAGCUGACGACAUCAACAUCCAGAACCAAACAGUCAACUUCUAAAGAGGAUACACCGAGGGGGGAUCUCAUGCAGGCUGCCGAUCCAAGACCAGUGACAAUGACAAUUGUCAAAAGCGUGGCUUAGCGGAGGGGGGAGGACAAGUACCUAGUAAAUAGCGCACCUUGUAUCUACCUACCUACCUAGGUACCUACCAAUCCCACCGUGCCAGGCACGUUGUUGCAGAUCUGCACAUGUAGCU